AGCCAGCCAGCCAUGACGCUGCGUGCGUUAACGGUGAGUGAGUGGGCCAUCAUCGCAGAAUACCUGAUGCCGGAACUCCACAACCACCAACAGCAGCUGCAGCAGUGGCCACUCGGCGACAUGGCAAAGUGCUGCGUUCGCCCCUCCCAGCGCGACAACUACAGGGCCUUCUUCAACCUCAUGCUCACAUGCCGCGAGUUGUACCAGGACCUGCCGUGGCGAAUGCCAAAGUGGUGUCUGGCUGGAGUGUUUAACGAGCUUGCCGAGCUCCGCACGCUCAACGACGGUGUCGACGACAUGGCCGACGAAGAGGCGGCGCGCGCUGACCCUGUUUACGAAAUCGAAGGAGGCAUCUACGAUGUUCCACUGCGAGACGCUGGCCCCAUCAUGAUGUGGCUUGAUGCAUUCCAACAAGAAAAACGUCACCUCCAAAACGAGGACAAAGAACACGAAGGGGAUGGCCCUGCAUAUGACGCCGCCACACACGCCUGGAUGGACAACAGGUUCCUCGCAUACAGCUGGCUCGGUGUCACAUGGAACAGUGGCUGCGUGUUUCUGCUCUCCAAAGUAGGUUCUUUUUGUACCGCACGUGAUUUCUGGCGCGAGUUUGCGCACUGUGGGCGCGUCGCUUUCAACAGCUUGGAGGCGAUGGAACAAUGGGAGAUGAUGGCAGACUACGCACCGUACAUCAACGAAAUGGUACUGACACAAGGCUCAGAAGAGCCUUGUCUGGAACUCGACACAACCAGCGACGAGAACCUCGCAUCCCCUGACAAAGCUGUGCAACAACAACAACAACAACAACAACAACAACAACAACAACAACAACAACAACAACAACAACAACAACAGCAACAACAACAACAACAACAGCAACAACAACAACAACAACAGCAGCAGCAACAAACCCUUCCUUCGCCAGCGUUGUUUUUCUCCACAGCGACAUUGAACACCCAAGCAGAGGCGGACCAGUGGAACCGCCUGCGUACCACCGUGUUGGCACGUGCUCAGGGUGAACUGGUGUGCCUGAAUCCAAAACCACCCGUCUCCUCCCUCACGGCGUCCCGCAUCAAUCAGCUGCGCAUCCAAACCAGGCUGCAUGCCCCUGGCAUUGGUGAGCUGAACCUGCACAGCGUGGGGCACGCCCGAUGGGAACUGGUUGUAAAUGACAGUGCGCAUGUCGACGAGCUGCGCAACAGCGCACGUGCCCUGGCCGCUGUCUCCGACAUACGGCUCGUGUCGCGCGUGCAGCAACCAAUUGACAUCACGCCACUAGCCGGGGUGAGGUCGCUCAGCCUCGAGGCCGUCCGUGUUGGCAGCGGCCACGACGUGAUUGCAGCCGCACAGACCCUUCACCUCUCAGAUAUGACCCUCGAUGUCAACACGCUCACCGCCAGCCACGUCCGGCUGACCAACGUGACUGCCGCGCCAGACGUGCUGAACCUGCCCAACGCCACCCACAUUGAGGUGCUCAACUCAAACAUCAAGCGAAUCGAAUGCCCCUCCCGCAUCUGCAGGCUGGUCAGCCACUCGGACCACGUGCCACCCCCGCCCAUCCCGAUCUUUAACCAGGCUGACAUGGUGGACAUCCACGCCUGCGCCACCCUCAUAUGCGAGCGGGCGUGGGACCUUCUCGAGUGCACCGACAAUGUCGUGUUUCGCGAGUGCGUUGCCGACAUUAGUGAUCUGCGCGGGACACCCGACCACGUGCGCGUGCGUGCGUGUGGUAUAUCUGUGCAUGAACCCGCGCCAUCCUGCGUCAAGGCGAUGGUGGUGCACAAGGAUGACGCCUUCCACUGCAGAUUCGUGGCGGGCGUGCCCGUGGUGAACAUCUUCGGCAGGUUCGACUCACCACUGCACGGUCUCCGCCACCUCUCCGGUCGCACGGCGCUGGGCCUGACCAACUGCAUGCUUGAUGGUGGCGAGAUUGCCGACUGCGGGAUACUGCGCUUGCUCCACAGUCAUGGGCGGGUUGGUGUGACCAACAUCCAGUCGCUCAUGAUCGAUCACACGCGCGUCGUUGCGCCCAAGCCACCAGCACCCGACGACGCCAACCAUGAUGAUAACGGUGGUGGUGGUGAUGCUGAUGAUGAUGAUGAUGAUGAUGAUGAUGACGAUGAUGAUGAUGAUGAUGAUGAUGAUGAUGAUGAUGAUGAUGAUGACGUGUUUGGUGCCGAUCCACUGGCGCUGACACAUGUGCGCGAUGUGUUCACCUGCCGGCUUUUGGAUUGCGACGUCCCCGACUUUCGCUGUUUGGCCGGAGUUCAGCGCCUGGUCCUGAACGAUUGCAUAUUUGAUGAUGUGGCGUCGCUGCCAGCUGUGCAAUCGCUCGUGGUGCGCGCGUGCACAACGCGCGACAAGACGUGGCAUUGGCCGGAUUUGGCGCUUGUUGGGCGUGCGGUGGCGGAAAUGAGGCAGGUGCUGCUUGCAGGCAAGGACAGGGUUGUUGAUGACGACUUGGACUUUGACUCUGAUGACUUUGACCUCGAGGCUGAUGAUGCCUUUGACCUCGAUGCUGACGAUGACUUUGAUGAUGAAAAUGAGGACGAUGAUGAGAAUGAGGAAGCAAGAGGCGAAGCCUAA